CGCUCCUUGGGCUUCAACCUCGACCGCCGAACGCCUCAUUACGAUCUUUGCCCUGUCGUGGCCAGCCAGAUGCGCACGCUAGCUAUCUCCGCAAAGAAGCAAGAGGCUAUUGGGCUCCUCGAGUCACAGCAGUCCACGGCGCCGUGGGUCGGUUCCAAACCGUUCGUCAAGCUUGGAUUUGUCGGCGUAUCUGCAUGUGUGGCAUUGUCGUAUCUCUCGACGCAUGGAGCCUCCCGACAUUCUUCUGUCGGCACGCUGCCGUUGUCGCGAGUCGACCCGUCAACUGCGUUCGAAGACGACGAGAGUGUCGCCAUGUCUUUGCGUGUGGGCAAGACACGGCUGGAAAACCCGGAGAAAGCGGUUCCACAAAUGACAUUCCUCGCUCUGGGCGAUUGGGGCGGCACCCUCGGCAAGGACAAAGGGGACCCUGGAUCGUGCUGCCAGAAGUACAACGGAGGAGUAGACACCCGACACACCCGCUACAAAGUCGACUAUUACGCUCAAGUGCAUGUGGCGGCGCUGAUGGCGCAGUCCGCUGCGGAGCUGCAUCCGAGCCGCAUCUUGGGCCACGGAGACAACUUUUACUGGAACGGUGUCGGGACCGACGACGUCAAGUACCGCCUCGAAGAAACGUUUGAAAAAGUGUACAACGCGACGAGUCUUCAAGCGAUUCCGUGGCUCAACGUGGCAGGAAACCAUGACAUUGGCGGUGCAACGUUUAUCUGCGGCGAGUCGGACGGCAACUUUCGCGAGUGCGAAGACGAAGACGAGCUGCUGCGGUACUUGGACAUCCGCUUCGAGGCCCAGGCCAACUAUACAAGUCCACACCACAACAGAUGGCAACUACGCGGCCACUACUACGUCGAACGAGUCGUCAAGGGCGACGUAAGUGUCGAAGUGUACAACAUCGACACAAAUCACGCAGAGAACCAUGGCGCAAAGGACGUGUGCUGCCAGUGCUAUGGGUAUGCGCCCAAGCUUGGUCUCGACACAUGGGUGUGCGGCGACCCGCAGCCCGGCGACGUUGGUUGUAUGGGAGGCAAUGUGUCCUUGUUCAACGCGUGCGUUGCAAAGAUCGAAUCGUGGGCGGAAGAGUCGCUGACCCGCGCCAUGGACGACAUGAAGGCGUCGACCGCGACAUUCAAGAUCGUCAACACGCACUACUCGCCGCAUUAUCACAUGGACCCUGCCAAGAUGGAGAAAUGGUACAAGCUGUGUCGGGAAGGUGGCGUCGCCGCCUGGUUGAACGGGCACACCCACGGAUUCAACCACGACAUUGCCAAGUGGGGCACUCACUUUAUCCAGAACGGAGGCGGCGGCGGUAUUGCGACGUCGAAUAUUCCUGCCAUGGAUAAUGGCCAGGUCAAGACGAAAUGGGUCGUCGAGGGCAACCCGUACGGCUUUAUGGAGCUAAGCUUCUCCAAGGACUGGCUUAAAGUCCAGUUUGCGACCUUCGACAACCAGUGGACUUUUGGCGGCCUCGACUGGAAUGCCACUCGAGUUGGCGGCGUUCAGCGCGGUCAUUGCUGGUUUAUCCCGCGAACAUUCCGCGAAUCGCUCGGCGUCGAGUGCAAAUCGUCCGUGAAUGGGGCGAUCGGCGCCCCGAUAGACGACGACGACGACGACGUGAAUGCAACAAAUGUGUAGUUGGUUUGGAUUGAGAUGCCUUAACACGCGUCGGUGUCCAUUCGUACGUGUUCGGUUUGUCCAAGUGACGGGUCCCAGCCAUCCGUUCUCUCCAAUCUGUGGUGGACGCAAAUUGAGCUCACAUGAUGACAGGUAGCUCGUCUUGAACAGUGGUGGUCGUGCCCAGACUUGACCAGUUGGCCACGUAAUGGUCAAAGUCCAAGUUUUCGGCCCACUACCGCCGGUCGACGGUCAGAAAGUCGUCGUUGGAAGCAGCCUUCUUCUUACGUGAAACAUGUCGGUGGCCUG